AUGUCAGCACUGCAUCAUCGACCAACCACAUCAGACCCGGCUGCACUGCAGUCCAACCUCCAGAACAUGUUCAGCUCUGUGAAAGAGGGUUGGUUGGGGAAGCGUCAUGAGGAAGUUUCAUGUUGCAUGGAUCCAGAGCUGUACAUCACAGAGGAAUGGGAUCAGCGUGAGAUCACAGGCUCAGAAACAGAAACAUCUAAACCUGUGAAAGUCAGCGACAUGUUUCAACAUCUUUCCAGAAGAGGCAACUCCUGCAGAACAGUUGUAACCAAAGGGAGUGCUGGUAUCGGUAAAUCCUUCCUUGUGCAGAAGUUUAUAUUGGACUGGGCUGAAAAACGAGCCCAUCAAGAAUUUCAUCUGGUUUUCCCUUUUGAUGCUCGUCAGCUGUGUUUAUGGAGAGGAGAAAGGUUCAGUUUGGCAGAGCUAAUUCACACGUGUGUUCCAGGAAUGCCAUCCAGUGGCAUUACGGCAGAGAUGCUUAAUGACAUAUUCACAAGAGAAACCAGAAAUGACAAAAGUGAAUUUAAACUUCUGUUUAUCAUUGAUGGUGUAGAUCAGAAUCUCCUUAAAUUUGAUUUUAUCAGCAGGACAAAUGCGUCUGAUGUAAUAAAGUCACCCAGAGUAGAAGUUCUACUGACUAAUCUCAUUACGAAGAAACUGCUUCCCUCUGCUUGCCUCUGGAUAACUACACAUUCUGCAGAACCCAAUCAGAUCCCUCCUGAGUGUGUGGACAUGGUGACGGAGCUCAGAGGAUUCAGUGACCCGCAGAAGGAGGAGUACUUUCGGAAGAGAUUCAGAGAUGAGUUGAAGGCCAGUAGGUUUAUCUCCCACAUUAAGACAUCCCAAAGCAUCCACAUCAUGUGCUACAUUCCAGCGUUUUGCUGGAUCACUGCUGCAGUUCUGGAGGAUGCAUUGGAGACCAAAGAGAGAGGAGAGCUUCCCAGCACCCUGACAGAGAUGUAUACAGAGUUUCUGAUGGUUCAGAUCAACCACACAAAGAAAAAGUAUCAUCCUAAAAAGUGCAUCCAGUCCAUCAAGUCUCUGGCCAAACUAGCCUUUCACCAACUCCUGAGAGAUAACAAGGUGUUUACUGAGGAGGACUUAAACAGCUGUGGUCUCAAGGUGAGAACUGCAUCAGCGUACGCAGAUUGGUUCACAGAGAUCUUCAAGCAGUUUUCUGGAAAGAGGACAGACAAUUACCAGGAGAAGGUUUUCUGCUUUUCUCACUUCAGCAUUCAGAAGUUUCUUGCUGCUUUUCAUGUGAUUACUUCACUGCUCUCUGACAACAAAAAUGUGAUGUCUGUAUCAUGGAUGACAGUUGACAACUGGCUCCUCCGUUUCAGGAGAACGUCUACAACAAAAGUUCAUAAAAAAGCACUGAAAACAGCCUUGAAAACCCCAAAUGGAGAGCUAGACUUGUUCCUACGAUUCAUCAUGGGUCUUUCUCUGCAGACAAAUCAGCUUCUCCUACAUGACCUACUGACACCAACAAGAAGCACCUCAAGGUCCAACCAGAAAACAAUCAAAUACAUUAAGAGAAAGAUCAGUGGAAGUAAAUCCCCAGAAAAAAUGAUAGUUAUGUUUCACUGUCUGAAUGAGCUGAGGGAUGACUCUGUCGUGGAGGAGAUCCAAAAGUCUCUGAGAUCAGGAGGUCUCUCCGCAGACAAACUGUCUCCUGCUCAGUGGUCAGCUCUGAUCUUCAUCUUACUGUCAUCUGAAAAACAUCUAUAUCAGUUUGACCUGAAGAAAUACUCUUCUUCAGAUGAGGUUCUGCUGCAGCUCCUGCCAGUUCUGAAAGUCUCCAGCAAAGCUCUGUUAACUGGCUGCAAAUUAUCAGUGGGAUCCCUUGAAGUUCUGUCUCUGGUUCUCAGCUCUCAUUCAUCCAGUCUAAAAGAACUGGAUCUGAGUAACAACGACCUGCAGGAUUCAGGAGUGAAGCUGCUUUCUGUUGGGCUGCAGAGUCCAAACUGUAAACUAGAGACUCUCAAGAUGUCUGGCUGUUUGAUCACAGAGGUUGGUUGUGAUUUUCUGGCUUCGGCUCUGAGUACCAACCCCUCCCAUCUCAAAGAACUUGACCUGAGUUACAACCAUCCAGGAGAGUCAGGGAUGAAGCAGUUAGCAGCUGGACUGAAAGAUCCACUCUGGAGACUAGAGACUCUUAAGUUGGACAACUGUGGUGAGCAGAGGCUGCACCCUGGAAUCAGGAAAUAUGCCUGCGAACUAGAGCUGGACUCAAACACAGCACACAGAAGCCUCAAAUUGUCCAAAAGCAAGAGGAACAUGACAUUUUCAGAGAACCAGAUGUAUCCGGAUCACAUCGAAAGAUUUAACUUCUGGCCCCAGGUGCUGAGUAAAAAUCCUCUGACCAGUCACUGUUACUGGGAGGUGGAAUGGCAUGGACUGAUUUAUAUAGCUGUAAGUUACAGGAAUAUCAGCAGAAGAGGACAUGGUAACGAGUCUCUGUUUGGAGGAAAUAAGGAGUCCUGGAGUCUGGCGUGCUUCUUUAACCGUUUUGCCGUGUUCCAUAACAAAGAGUGUCAAGAAAUACGAUUUGCCUCAAAUGUCUCUAACAGAGUAGCAGUGUAUGUGGACUGUCCUGCUGGCAUUCUGUCCUUCUACAUGGUCUCCUCUGACUCACUGAUCCACCUCCACACCUUCAACACCACAUUCACCGAACCUCUUUAUGCCGGAUUUGGAUGUGAUCGGGAUAGGCUACUUAACUUCCUAAAUUUUAGCUGUUCGGUGUCUGUGUGCCCCCUGUUGGUAGAUGAGUCUGCAAAACUUGCUAGUAAAUAAGUACCAACUAUUUAGGUAGAAAAUAUGAUGUUUAAUGUCUACUCAUGUUAAAAUUAGAAUAAACUUUUACAUAUGUCUGGGUCCUUUUGUACAGUAUAAGCAGGAGUCUUAUGUUCUUUCUUGUGACUAUUGAAAUCUUGACUGGUUCCCAGUGGGAUGAAAGACUGUGUCUAUGUUUAUUCAGUGAAAUGUCUUUCUUUUGAAAACCAACAUUUUUGAUGCAGGAAUGUUUUUCCAAAAAAAAACAGCCAAGGUCACAUUCACUGUGCAGAGCAGGGACUAAUUAAUUAAAGGAAAACCAAACUGAGCAAUAACCAACCUUCAAACCACUCACAGACCUUGCUGCAUGUAAAAUAUGAAAUUAUUAUGUUUAUUGUUGAAUACAUGUAUAUUUUUCUGUUGGGCCUUUCAAAGGUAAGGUAAGUGAGAACAUUUAUUCUGGUGUUUCUAAGUGUCUCUCAAAAGGCCACUCAGCAAAAUGUAGAAAACAGAAUUAAC